AUGGCAGGAUGGCAAGGUGGCCGGGUGGCAGGAUGGCAAGGUGGCCGGGUGGCAGGAUGGCAAGGGGCAGGUGGCCGCAGGAUGGCAGGCAGGGAUGGCAAGGUGCCGGGUGGGCAGGAUGGAAAGGUGGCGGGUGGCAGGAUGCAAGGUGGCAGGAUGGCAAGGUGGAGGUGGGGCAAGGUGGCAAGGUGGCAGGAUGGCAAGUGGCCGGGUGGCAAGGUGGCAGGAUGGCAAGGUGGCCGGGUGGCAGGGGCAAGGUGGCAGGAUGGCAAAGGUGGCGGGUGGCAGAUGGCAAGGUGGCAAGGUGGCAGGAUGGCAGAGUGCGGGGGUGGCAGGGAUGGCAAGGUGGGGUGGCAGGAUGGCAAGGUGGCCGGGUGGCAGGAUGGCAAGGUGGCAGGAUUGGCAAAGGAUGGCGGCCGGGUGGCAGGAUGGCAAGGUGGCAGGAUGGCAAGGUGGCCGGGUGGCAGGAUGGCAAGGUGGCCGGGUGGCAGGAUGGCAAGGUGGCCGGGUGGCAGGAUGGCAAGGUGGCCGGGUGGCAGGAUGGCAAGGUGGCCGGGGUGGCAGGGAUGGCAGGUGGCAGAGGAUGGCAAGGUGGCCGGGGUGGCAGGGAUUGGUAAGGUGGCCGGGUGGCAGGGAUGGCAAGGAGUGGACCAGGAUGGCAGCGAUCGCAGUGGCCGAGGUGGCAGGAGAUGGCAAGGUGGCAAGGUGGCAGGGCGACUGUCGGGGAAGUGA